UGAAUUGAUAUACAUAGGGUAUUAUUCAAUUAUAAUUGUAACAGCUGUGUACAAUGGCGUCGCUGAAUCCCGUCGUUUUCCUCGCCGUUGUCGUUAUUUGCUUCAUCGGUCCCGUGGUCGGCGACGAGAACACCACGUGUUCCGUGGCGAUGUUUGGGGGCGACCACGGAGCCUACCUGGCCUGUAUCGCCCAGUUUGCCCACCAGUGUAACUGGUUCCCCUCUCCGCUAGCCGGACUAUACAGUUAUCAGGUAUGGAAUGGAUAUGAUGGGUUUUGGCAAAAUGGAGCUGUUCUUGAGACCAUGGCAAACUUCAUAGAAUUUGCAAAGCACCAGAGAUAUAUGAGUGUAGUGAAAGGGUCACACAGAGAUCUAUACUCGCUGAUGGAGGCCUACGGUCCCUACCCUUCCUUUGAUGACAUGGGAUGGUACGGUCUUAGCUACGCGAGGAUAUACGAGCUGUUCGGCUUCCAAGAUUUUCUACAGACAGCCCAAGACAUCUUCGACUGGUGCUGGAAGACGGGUUGGGAUUCAUCUAAUAAAUGUGAAGGCGGGAUGUGGUUUGAUAACAAUGUCAAUGCCAAAGUGGCAAUCACCAACGUGCAAAUGUUCCAUGUAGCUGCAAAACUUUACCGUUUGACAAACAACACUGAGUACCGAAACAAAUCCGAAAUGAUAGAAAAUUUCCUUUUUGCAAACAACUUCAUAAACAGUUCUACCUAUCUAAUGAGUGAUGGAAUAGAUCUAGACACAUGCAAGCCCGCAAAUACUGUUGGUUUUACAUAUGAGACUGGAGUGUUAAUAGGUGCGCUCUCUGAAAUGUAUCGAUUAACGAAGAACGAGUCCUAUCUCGGUCUCGCUGAGAACUUAGCCUCUGCCGUCAUUGACUACAACAGCAAUACGACUGGGGUCUUUACGGAGAAGAACUGCGACCCGGAUUGCGAUGACGAUGCGAAGAUGUUCAAAGGAAUAUUCGUCAGAAACCUGCGAUAUUUCAUGGAUACUGUGAAUAACGCAACCUUACGUAAGAAAUACCAGAAUUGGAUGGAAUUCCAAAUUCAGGCAAAUCUUAAACAAAAUAUGUGCAACGAGGUUCCAAUUUCAAAAUGUUACAUUGUGUUCAAAGAUGGUCCUCCGUCUUUUAAGGUGACGGGACCCGUGUUUUCGUCGAACUGGAACGGUCCGUUUGACUAUGGUGCGCCGAUGCAGCAGACGUCAGUUUUAGAUCUGUUUGUUGCUAGUAUUUUACCUGGCACCAAAUGUUCAGGGGUUUUCUGUAACUAUGACCCACGUAUUCCACCGCCGAAACCGAUGACUUGUUCCUCGCGACCGUGUCCCCCGGGGGAGGACUGCUGUGCAUACAAACACAAAGCUUCAUACACGUGCUGUGAUAAAUCGCAAAAGUGCAACAAGCAAGGAAUCUGCGUUUAAAUCAUUUCGAUGUAAUAUUUGUUGCACACUUAAUUUGAAGUUUAAAUAAAGACGUCUUUAUCAUAAGUCGGCAGGAAGAAAAUUGACUUUAAAGAUAUGACUUAAUUAAAUACUCGUGUGAAAGUAAUUGAUGUAAUUUUUGAUGUUUUAAUUUGAUACGAAAUGCACGCAAAGUAUUUGAAAGUUAAUUUUUUUAAAAAAAUAUUUUGAUAAUUGACUUUUGAAAGAAUAAUUUUAUUUACUCUUGGGCUAGUAAUUGAUAUUUGAAUUUUUAAAUUAAAAACGCGGGCAACAAUAUUUGACAGUUGGUAAUGUUGAUAAUAAAAUGCAUUUAAAUGAAUAUUGUGUAUACAUGCCUAUCAUCGUUAAUGGAUAUGAAAUAUGGACAAAGUAACCAGUCGACCAUCUUCACAAAUAUAUCUUUAGGGUGGUCAAGUACAUCCAUAUAAAACUUUUAGGAGGUACAUAGUAAAUUAAUUGAGUAAUAUUGGUUCAGUACGGUACGGUAGAUACAUCAAGUAUUCAAAACGUUGAAGGCUUUAACAUGUAAAGAUAUUUUCAACUGAUCCAAAACAAUUCUGAAUUAAAUAG